AUGUCAAGCAUCACCACUCAGUACCCCCAGCAGCCAAGGAACAAACUGGAAGUUGGCGACGACUCUGGUGGGUCCUGGUGCCUGGGAUGUGCGACGGCGGCCGAAGAUGUCCGCAUGCGUCUAGCCCAUCAGCUGAAGGGCUACGAUACAGUGCAGACACAGCCUGGUGAAUGUGUCUUCUUUCGCGUAGGAUCAGACGAUGGAGCCAUCCACUCGGAGCCGAGAAUGGACCGAGACGAUCGGAUAUUUGUCAAUGUUGUGCCUGGAACCGAGGAGGAGCUGCGGACGCUUCUUCAGAGAUGGGGCAUGGAGUUUCCUCGGGCAUGGUGUCUGCCAUCAGCUUUGUGA